GGUAUUUACCCAAAUCCUCAAGCUAGCAAUGGCCCUGGACAGGGCCACAUUCGAAGCCCUAGUCCCAUCUCGAUUCAUCACGUUCACCUUCCCAAACCCCAUCUCCGGCCACCUCCUCCGAGUCGCCGUCCUCGACUCACCCACUCCCGCCACCGAUUCUCCCCGAGUCGCCGCCAUGCUCGUUCCCCACCACCGCGAACACGACUGGAUCUUCUCCACCCUCGAUGGCCACCUCCAGCUUCUCCUCUCCUCCCCAUCCAUUUCUCGCCUCAUCCUCGCUGGAGACCUCCCAGCCGCCGACUACUGCUCUCCGGUCAUCUACAACCGUUCGGUCAACGCUGAUACGGAGUCGUAUCUUGUGAAGCUCCAGGGGAACCUCAUGCCUCUUUUGCUUGCGUUGUCGCCAAAAUCAUUUGCCGAAAACGGUUCACUCGAGAUCCCCUUUUUGAGUUACGAUGAUAAUGUGAUUGGCAGUGUGAUAGUGGAGAAAUGCGUGGGCUCUUGUGUGGGUGAAAUGCUUGUUGAAGAUGUGGAGAUUGAGAGUACUGGGUCGAAACGGGAGUUCCGGAGGAGGUUGAGGUUUAAGCGAAUGCCAAAUUUGAUUCAAACUGAGGUCUCUAUCGUUCCGGCUGUGGGUUCGGGGGGCAUUGGAGAAGUGGAGUUUAGACUUGAUUUAGGAGUUCUGGUUCAUCCAUACUUGGCUCCAAUGGCGGCGAGUCUUUGUUUGAUUUGUUCUUAUGUUGAAGAGCGGAUUAGAACUGGGUUUACGCCGAAAGCUUUGUGUGUUGGAGUUGGAGGUGGGGCUUUGCUUAGUUUCUUACAGACCCAAUUGGGGUUUGAGGUUUUUGGUGUGGAGGCGGAUGAAAUUGUCUUGAGUGUUGCGGAGCGGUAUUUUGGAUUAGAAGUUGGUGAAACUAUUCGAGUUUUUGUGGGAGAUGGGAUUGAAGUUAUCGAGAAAAUAGGCUGUCGAGUCAUGGAACGGAAUUUGGGUUCUUUUGGUGUUCAUGAGGUCAAAAACCCUUGUUUCAUGAAUGAUAUUAAUCAAUGUGGUACUAAAUUUGAUGUUAUUAUGGUUGAUUUGGAUUCAAGUGAUGUAUGUAAUGGUGUGAGUGCACCGCCAUUGGACUUUGUUCAAAAGUCCGUUCUUUUGUCAGCUAGAUCGGCUCUUUGUAAGCUCGGGAUCUUUGUUAUCAAUGUUAUACCCCCGAACAGAUCAUUCCAUGAAAUGUUGAUACAUGAAUUUCGAGAGGUUUUCCAUGAGUUGUAUGAAAUAAAUGUUGGAAAUGGAGAGAAUUAUGUUCUUAUUGCAACAGUGUCACCUAUUGACUCCACUUUAAGUGGCAGUGAGAAUGCCUUUCUGGUGAAGUUGAAACGAUCUAUUUCAGGAGCAUACAUGGAUUCCAUAAGGAAAAUUUGAGGUCAAUAACUAACAAAAGUUGAGGAAGGUACACUUUGAAAAAGUUUCCAAGAAUCAAAAGAAAUCUCCAAAGGAUGACCCAAGGAUCUGUUCUCCUGUAACAGGAACCGAUUUGAAUAAAAAUGAAGCAUAGUUAAAUAUUUUAUGUUAUACCCUUAAAAGGUUUGCCUGACUUAUGAACAAUCUUCCCCGAAUACUCUUUGCAGAAGGUGUUCAUGUUUUCAAAUACAUUUUGGAGAUGGUGUUCAGGGUCAAGCAGGGCAAGCUCCAAAGGAUAGGUCUGAAAUUUAUGCUCCUUAAUGGGGAUCUAAUUUGAAUGAACAGAAGUGCAAUCUACAAGGUUUAAAAUUUCUAUGCCCUGCAUGUUUGCAGUUCUUAGAUACUGAGCCAGUAAGGUGAUUGUAUGAGCAUAACCAUGAGUGGCCUGAUGUAAGUGCAGAUGGGAACCAUUGGUGAAGAACAAUACCAUCAUUCCUAAGACCUCCACCAACACCUCACCAGUCACCACCACUUCCAUCACCUUCAUUGGAGAAGCAGGUGUUCCCUUUCCUCACUGCAAUUCUUGAAGCCUUGCCACCACAUGGCUGAAGAACUUCAAAGUUGGUGCCACUGUUACUAUCAACCUUUUCUUUGCAUCCUAUGGAGAAAUCUAGAGACUUCAAAAGCAGUUGCUGCACCACAAUUCAUGACCUAAAUGAAGGAAACUUGGUUCCCAUUCACCCAUCUUCAUGUGCUGAAUCCAUGAAGUUGUGAGGGUGUGGGAGAGGGGAGGUGUUUUCAGAACUAGGUGCUGCUCGGAUACAAUGAUGCUGCAAUUGGCAAUACUGGGCACAAUGAUAUCUCUAUUUGCAACACUGGGGAUACUAAUGUGAGGGUUUUGAAGCCAUAAUAAUCUUCCAAAGCUCUUGUGGUUCAAUUCAAUAUAUUCUUAUGCCUACAUUUCAUGUGUUGGAAUUGGUAACAGUGGGGAAGGUCAUGAAGCAUCAUGACGAAACAGGAUUGUUGAUUAUGGCAUUGUCUACCAGUGGUAUCACUGUCUAGAUUGUAGAUUGAGUAAUAAGCAGCCACAAGAACUUUGAGAGAACAUGAGGUGCAUAGCGCUGAAGUACUGGUCCCCAUUUACACUGGUUCCAAUUAUUCAAGGUGGAUAUUGCUGCUAGUCAAUGAGUCUUUCCUCUCUCGACCAUGAGAAAUCUCAUGACACUAUCCUUGUUGGAGAUCAAAGUGGUAUUAACCAACACCCAAGUUUCCUUUGAGCUUCUUUCCUGUAACUUUUGGCUGGACAAUGCUUUGUUAAGGGAUGAUGGUUUCCUGAUCUGACCUUGGACGUGGUUGGAUCUCCCUUGUUUUGGGAAGAUUUCAUGGCUGGCAGCAAUUUAUAGGACAUUUGGCUUGAUCCUUUAGAUGCUAUGGUUUCUGUAUUUGGUUCGUUAGUUCCAUUAUGCUUGGAAGGAGUAUUGUGAAGGCAACUUCAAAGCAUGUUUUGCUUCCUUUAAAUGUCUUUUACCUUAGCAGAAAAAGACCUUCUUAGUUGUUUCCAUGUCUUUCUAGAGAGAAUAUGGAUUGUCAUGCCUUAAGCCA